CGUCAUUGAGCAUGUUAUAUUCCGUGUGGUGACUGUGAUUCUGAUCUUGCUCGAUUUUAUUCUGACCGUUAUUGGUUUGGCUGACACAGACAGUGCUAGCAGUGGCCUGGAGAUUGUUUCUCACUGCAUCAUCAGUUAUUUCCUCCUCGAGGUGGCAGCACGCAUAUUCUAUCAGGAGAGACAGUUUUUUACCAGUGUCUUUGACAUGAUAGAUGGUGGAGUUGUUCUUGUCUCCUUUAUAUUGGAUAUGGUGUUUAUUGGUUUGUCAACAAAUAAUCCCUGACUUUGAUUAUCUCAGGUUAGUUGUAAUUGGUCGAGUGGUUAGGAUCAUCAGAGCAUUGAGAAUUAUCUAUCUAAUGGUGCAACAACGACGUCAUGUAGCAACAGCCUCCCGUCGUGUGGUGUCCCAGAACAAGCGACGAUACCAAAAGGAUGGGUUUGAUCUGGAUCUGUGCUACAUUACAGAGAGAGUGAUUGCGAUGUCAUUUCCAUCUAAAGGUAUGAUGGCAAUGUAUCGGAAUCCAGUCAGAGAAGUGGCAAGAUUCUUUGAUGAAAAACACAAAGACCAUUUCAGAAUCUAUAACCUAUGCAGUGAAAGGGAUUAUGAUGAGGAACUUUUCCAUAACAGAGUUGAACGUGUUUUUAUUGAUGAUCACAAUGUCCCAAGACUAAGUGAGAUGGUGGAUUUCUGUGACAAUGCGCGAGAGUUUAUGAGUGAGGAUCCCCAGAAUGUGAUAGCUAUCCACUGUAAAGGAGGCAAGGGGAGGACCGGCACAAUGAUUUGUACCUGGCUCAUUGACUGUGGGCUGUUUGGCGAUGCACAGGAAAGCCUGGACUACUUUGGUGAUAGGAGAACAGAUUUAACAGUUGGCAAGACAUUCCAGGGAGUGGAGACUCCCAGUCAGAGUAGAUAUGUUGGAUAUUAUGAAAAGGUGAAAAAAGAUCUGAAAGGACAAUUACCUCCACGAAAAGAGAAGAAAAUGACAUCAGUGAAAAUCGAAGGUCUUACAGGUGUCGGAAAUGGAGAUGGCUCAGACUUUUCCAUGGAGAUUAGAGUUGAUGGACUCCUCAUAUAUGAAUGCCGAUUUGGUGACAAUAUUAAUUGUCAGAUGAUGAAGUACACCGAUAGUGACAGUAUCGUUGUAAACCUUCAGAAUUCUCCGACCUUGUUCGCAGAUGUCAAACUUCGGUUCUUUUCUCCUGCAAAAAAUAUUCCGAAGAUUUAUGACAAUUGUGCCUUUUUUCUCUGGUUCCAUACAUCUUUCAUUGAAGAUAAUAAGCUGCGCUUGACAAGAGAUGAAAUUGAUAAUCCACACAAGAAGAAAGCCAAAGAGGUUUACAGAGACAAUUUUGCAGUAGAACUCAACUUUGAAGAUGCUGAUGAUGACUGAGGGAAGUGUCUGCCUGUGGAAAGGUGCCAUACUUUUAGAGGGUAUCUGACCUUGGAAAGUUUCUGUCUGGGUUUUGGACUAGUACUUUUGAUGGAGAAAGUUUUCUAACUUAGAGGGUUUCUGAAUGGGGAAGAUUUCUAACUGUGGACUUUCUAACUGUGGAAGAGUUCCAGACUGGGGAAGGGCUUUGAGAAAAAAUCUUAUCAUACUUGUCUCGAAAAAUUAGGCCCUCCACUCGUAGUUGGAAAUAAAGGGUUUUUAAAGGGGGCUUAUUGGUGAAAUGUAGGCCAGUUUCUAAAACAGGUUUCAUACAAACUUAAAUUUUUUGGCAAAUGAAAAAUACAUAAAUAAGGAAAGUCUACAGCUGAAUGGUUUUUUUUUGUUUUUUUGUUUUUUUGUUUUUUGCUUGUUUUUUUAAAUCAACAUUUUUAUAAACUUUUUAUGCGACAAGGUUUCCAGGAAAAGAACAAAACCGGUAGUGGGCUUAUUACCGAAAGUGUAAGCCUGAUUCCAUAAGACUUGAGGGGCUCAUUAUAACAAGCAGGGGCAUGUUGCCAGUCGAGUACAACAAGAUUUUUUCGAACAGGGAUAAUUUCCGAGGUUUUCAGACGGUAAUGGGGAAUCCGAUUCAGAAAUGUUUCAGACUUAAGAUAGUUUCUAACUGUGGAUGGGUUCUAAUUUGUGGGUUUCUUUUUCUGGGAGGAUUUCUGAUUGAGAGAAGGAUUAUGACUGAAGAGGUUUUCUUACUGAAGAGUAUUUCUGACCGGGAGUUUCUUAUUCUGGCAGGAUUCUGAGUGGGGCAGGGUUUCUUACGUAUAUACUCCGGAAGGAGUUCUGACUGGGCUAGUGUUUCUAACCAAGUGAGAGUUUCUUACCGAUGAGUAUUUUUGAUUGGGAGAGAGUUUCUAAAGGGGUCAGGGUUUUUUUUACUCUGGAAGGGCUCUGACUGGGGAAAGGUUUCUUACCCAGGGAGAGUUUCUGACGGAGUGAUGGUUUCUUACUGAAAAGUAUUUUAGUCUGAGAGAGGGUUUCUUAUUCUGGGAGGGUUUCCGACUGGGGAAGGGUUAAUGUUUCUAGAUAGGAAUGUGUAUCUUGUGUUAUAUGUAUAUUUUUUGUCUGCUUCUCAUUAGUGGUGGGGAAACAUUGCUGUCUGUACAUCAUGCUUUGGAAAAUGGAUAAUAACUGCAAUGUCAUACUGCUAGGAUGAUUAUGUCCAUUUCUUUUUUUGUGAUGCUGUCAACAUUCAGUAUAUUGUUAGCUCACCUGCCGGAAGGGGAAGUGAGCAUAUGCCAUGAUGUGGUGUCCUUCGUCUGUACGGCCAACUUUUCCCUUUAAACAACUUCUCAAAAACAGAGGCCAAGUGACCUGAUAUUAAGCCUGUGGCAUGCUGAAGUGAAGGGCAUUCAAAUGAAUGAACUUGACCUACAUUCAAGGUCGCAGUGGUCAAAUAGGGUAAAGUAUUUAAUUACUUCUUCUCAAAAACCAAGAGGCCUAGCGACCUGAUAUUACACUCAUAGCUUGCUAGGUUGAAGGCCUACAAUGUUUGUUUACGUUAAUGACCUUGACCUUCAUUCUAGAUCAGAGGUGUCAAAUAUUCUUAAAUCUUUAAACAACAAUUUCUGGCCAGGAGUAUGCUUGACUAAAAGGCUACAAAUUAAAAUUUGUUUAAAUGAAAAUACCUAGCCUACACUGAUAUUUGAAUAUACCGUUAGUGGUAAUCAUUUAGUAUCUACAUAAAUGAUCUAGAAAAACUUCAAAGUCACAUCAGAAGCAGGCGAGCGAUACAGGCCCAUAGGACCUCUUUGAUUAGGAGGAAAGGAUACUUAGCACUGGUUGCUUUCUAUAGAAAUGCAGAUGAUUGAGGUAAAAUUAAUGUACAAUCUCAUCACCACCGAGCUGAUAACAACCGUUAAUGGACUAUAUAUUGAUACAUUGCAUAAGAAUUUUUACUUUGACCAUUCCAUUCAUCACUCACAUAUUGUGACACAAGUUGCUGGCAUAAAAGAUAUCACAUAUUUUAUGUAAAGGGGAGACAAUCCUGUUAUUGCUGGCAAUAACGAUAUUUACUCAAUGACAGUUACUUUUAUGUAGAACAAUUUAAUAUAUAUUUUCAUAUACAAACCAGUUUUGUAAGCCUGGUUUUUUUUGUGAUAUACAUAUACAUUCCAUUAAAACUUGAAGCCAAGUUGGAAAUUAGGAAACCAUAAUGUGCUUUACAUCAUUCAAAUUAAAUAUGUAGCAGUAUGAAGAUGUGAUUUAUGUACAAUUUGGUGGGUUGUUUUUUUUAAACAAUAGUUUUAUACUUUGAAAUGGUUGAAACGCUUUCUAGUCACCUGAAUGCCACAAUAGUCUUUUGUUUUAUCAGACUCUAUUUGUUAUUAUUUUUCUUUUACAAAUCAAAUUUAAAAUGUUUUUCAAAUCAGAUUUAAAUUGGCUAGUGUAACAAAAAAUUAUAAUUUUCAAAACACCACGUGCGCGUUUGUAAAACUUACAAAGGUUCCUUAACUAAGAUUUGUUUUAAUAUAAUAGUAUUAGUCUAUAUAGAUGCCUUGAAACUGUCCUUAACUGUAGUUUACUGUAUUUAUCUGCAAAUGUAUUCGCUAGUGAUUUUUUGUUAAAAAAAAAAAUAAAUAAUUGUACCUUCUAAUUUUCUGUGCACAAUUCCCGAGUUCUAGUACAUGUAUAUUAAGUCAGUAUCAUUUAGGGACCUCAGUAUUAAACAUAAAGAUUACUUGGUACAAUUGAAUACUUCUAGUCAAUAGUAUGUAAACAACCAUUCCUAAGUAUAGAUUUGCUGACUGAUAAGUUUAUGAUACUAUAGCUAUCUGCCAACCUUGCCAGGAUACAUCAUAGCAUUUUAAAUGUUUUCAGUAUACAAUGUACAUUAACUUUAUAUAGGUUUGUUUAUGAUUGUAGAAUAAAGCAAGUUUUGCAUUGUUAAAAUCAGUAUUUGAUCAUGGUUGAUUUUAAAUGUUUAAUAUAUUGAAAGUGACAAAUCAUAUACAUGUACUGUAUAUUUAUUUAGCAUUGAUCGUAAUAAUAAUCAUUUAUAUUUGUACUGAAUAAUACAUGUAGUGCUGAUUUUGUUUAAAUGUAACUUAAAAGCUGUUUUAGCCCACCUAGUCUAAGGAGCCAAGUGAGCUAAUGCUGUGGUGCAGGUCAUAUUCUUAGGCUUGUAGAGUCCAGAAAAUUUUAGCUUAAUUGGGUCUUUAGACUUUAGUGUGGGAAAGUUGAUUCAGCAUGAUAAAACAGGGCCACAGAUAUCAGGUCCAGUAGAAGUAACGAGGAGAAAUCAUUUCAACAUCAAUUUCAACAUAGUUAAAGGGAUUUCAACCCUUAUUUAGUCUAGACUAUCCUUGAGCCAAAGUGAGUGCUAGGAUACUGAUUCAGUUAGAAAAGACAAAUGGCUUUCAAGCAGGUAAAGAGGUAUAAACUAGCCAUGGGUAGCCUGAUCACUGGAUACUGUAGUAAGAAUAUUCUUUUUAUAUGACAAAUAUACAGUUGUAUAUGUAUAAACAAAGGGCAUGGUCCUGUCAGAGAAGGGAGUCCAAAUGGAAAAUAACUGGUCUCUUUACUGCUACGCAUAUACAGUAAUACCCGUAAAGUGAAUUUUAACACCUUGAAUUACCUAUGCAUGGUUGAUUCAAUUUGCAGACUCAUUGAUACAAAUGGAGGUUGUGCACCUGUUAAUACAGUUAUAUACUAGGUCAGACACAAAAUGGGUAUGAGUGUAGAGUAAGUGAAAAGGGAUGUUGAUUGAGUUACGUCCAAUGAGACUCCCACAUUAUGUAAGAAAUCUAUAAAGGGAAUGAAUGUUGUACUUGUAUGUUAUGUUAGUGUGCUGUACUUUGCAGGUGAAAUGUAAAUCAUAACUUUAAUGAAAUAGUGAUGCUUGUUUUCCAUUAAUGUUUAUUAAACAAUUUACAUGACAAAUUUUCGACUUCACAUGAUUGAAAAUAUAAAGUCCAUGUAAGACUUAUUGCUCUUAAUCAUCUUAUUGGAUGAAGCAAUAUAUAAAUACAAAAUGUAUAUGAAAAUGUGCAAUAUUUCUUAACAGAAAAAUAAUGAGUUCAUGCUGCAUUAAAAAUGUUUGUGAUAUGUUUUAAACAGAUUUCAGUGUAUAUAUACAUGUACACUUACACAGGUUGUUUGUACAUAUGAUGUGAAGUUUUAUAGAAUAUAUAGCCUUUCAUUUCAGGACAGUGUACAUUCCUUUUAAAUGGUGCUUAAACAUUUAAGCAGAUAUUAUAUAUGUCUAUCAUAACAAUGCUAAAAAAGAAUAUGUUAUUAAAGUAGCUAUACAAUUUAGUGCAAUACUUAUUUUCACAAAAUAUACACGGAUUUUUUACUUAAACAAAGUAUGCAUGGAUUCCAUUGUUUCAUCAAAAAAAUACUGUUUGAUGAAAGCAAACACUGACCUAUAUUCUCUUAAUUUUCAGUUCCUAAAAAUUGAUGUGUGGUGAAAGUAUCAACUCAGUUUUGUAAUUAAAAUGUUCCAUCAUUAGGGACCAAUUUGUGCAAUACUUUUUCUUAUUGUUACAUAUAUAUACCACUAACGUUGACAGAUGUAUUUUGGUACAAGUAUGGUGUUGUCAGACCAUCUAUCGGUGAACAAUUGUUUGUCAUUGAUCUACUGCAUGGGCUUAUUUUAAGUCACAAUUUUCAUUAAAGAUGAGUUUAAAUACAUGUACAUGACAUGAACAAGUUCAUAUUAUAGACUUCCAAGCCUUAAUUACUGUAUGUAUGUCAAAUUGCCUUAAUUGCUGUGUAUGAAAGUCAAAGCUGUGGUUGCUAAAAUUAGAUUUGACUACAGCUCGUCAUUGCUAUAUAUACAUGUAUAUGUGGCCCAAGACCACAGAUCACAGAUUUUUUUAUAAUAAUGUAACCAGAUUCAAACAGGAAAUUACAUUUUAAAGAUUGAACUUUUUUAUAUUUUGUUGUGACAUUCCAAAAGUGAACUUUCUCAAUGUGGAACAAUUAAGAAACCAUGCUAUAACAUGUGAAGUCAUCAGGGUCACCGAGUCGAAGAUGUUUUUGUUUUGGCAAAGUUACAAUGCCUGUAAUGAAAUUUUAAUUAUCCAUUCACUAUAUAUGCUUUUCCAUUUCUAAGAUCAUUAAAUGAUCUACUACUUAAAAAGAGAAAAUAAAGUUUUUACUAAUACCAUUGUUCUUUAAUUUCCAUUGUGCAUGGUAAAUAAAUAGAAGACUUUAUGUUACUGUCAUACCGUACAAUGUACAUGUAUAUGAAAUAUUGUAACCCAUGUUUUGCAUUUUUCAUGCGACAGAUAUUUAAGGUUGUUAUUUGAUAUUCUGAUUACCCUAUAUUUAUACACUUUAGAUACAAUAAAAAUCCUGACAUACAA